AUGAAACGAGGAAGGAAAACCAAUGAGGCCAACAGCAGUUCAUCUGAAGAGACAACAGAGAAAGAAUCCAAGAGACACAAGGUUAUAGCUGAGAAGACCCUAGUUGUGCAGAGUCCUGACUGGGCAAACCUGCUCCAAGACAUCAUCCUGCAGGUGUUUCAGUACUUGCCCCUUCUGGAUCGUGCUCAUGCAUCACAGGUCUGCCGAAGUUGGAACCAAGUGUUUCAUAUGCCUGAUCUCUGGAGGUGUUUUGAGUUUGAAUUGAAUCAACCAGCCACAUCUUACUUGAGGGCUACACAUCCUGAACUAAUCAAGCAAAUAAUAAAGAGGCAUUCCAAUCACCUGCAGUAUGUAAGCUUCAAGGUGGACAGUAGCAAGGAAUCUGCAGAAGCAGCUUGUGAUAUUUUAUCACAGCUUGUGAAUUGCUCUCUGAAAACACUUGGGCUAAUUUCAACUGCCCGGCCAAGCUUCAUGGAUUUACCAAAGUCUCACUUUAUUUCUGCACUGACAGUGGUGUUUGUAAACUCCAAAUCCCUCUCUUCGCUUAAGAUUGAUGAUACACCAGUAGAUGAUCCAUCUCUCAAAGUGCUAGUGGCUAACAACAGUGACACACUCAAACUGUUGAAAAUGAGCAGUUGUCCUCAUGUUUCUCCAGCUGGUAUCCUUUGUGUGGCUGACCAGUGUCAUGGCUUACGUGAGUUGGCACUAAACUACCACCUGCUAAGCGAUGAGCUUCUGCUUGCUUUGUCUUCUGAAAAACAUGUCAGGUUAGAACACUUGCGCAUUGAUGUCGUCAGUGAAAAUCCUGGACAGACUCAGUUCCACACAAUCCAGAAGAGCAGCUGGGACGCUUUCAUCAAGCAUUCUCCUAAAGUAAAUUUAGUGAUGUACUUUUUCUUGUACGAAGAAGAGUUUGACCCGUUCUUUCGUUACGAAAUACCUGUCACUCACCUUUACUUUGGAAGAUCAGUAAGCAAAGACGUACUUGGCCGUGUGGGGAUGACAUGUCCUCGGUUAGUUGAGCUGGUGGUGUGCGCCAAUGGAUUGCGGCCACUGGAUGAGGAGCUGAUCCGUAUCGCAGAACGUUGCAAGUACCUGUCAGCUGUUGGCUUAGGAGAAUGUGAAGUCUCUUGCAGUGCCUUUGUUGAGUUUGUGAAGAUGUGUGGCGGUCGUCUCUCUCAGCUUUCUAUCAUGGAGGAAGUUUUGAUUCCUGAUCAGAAAUACAGCUUGGAGCAGAUUCAUUGGGAGGUUUCAAAGCAUCUCGGUAGAGUCUGGUUCCCGGACAUGAUGCCCACGUGGUGA